AUGGGGGAGGCUGCAGGGGGCGAGGUGGAGUCCAUGACGGGUGAGGGGGAGGUGAGUGAGACCGCGAUGGGCAUCAACCUGGAGGUACGGCGGGAUAGCCGAGUGAGGAGGGCAGAGAGGCUCUUUCGGGGGUCCAAGUCUCACAGCCGAUGGUUUUGCUCAGUGCGGCACCAGAAACAGCCCGAGCAGACAGCGAGUAUCGGCACACCUGAUGCAGACAGCGAGUAUCGGCACACCUGGUAGACAGAUCUGAGCUGAUUGUACGAACAGCAUGUCUUGGAUCAGUGGGCGCUCGACGUCGAGCUCUCUGACUAGCCUCUGGGUGUCGUGCCUAUGUCUGGCUGUCAUUCUCGUAUAUCUGCAACCGGUGUCGACAGCGAUUUUUCUGACCAUCAUAGGGUGGCACGUGCGUGUCGAGUGGGUGGGUGGGUGGGAUGGGGAGACAGGCCGUGUGCAUGCUUCUGUGCAUGUGCAUGCUGCUAGUUUAGUGCGCCUGGACAGGAUCCCCUCGGGGUUACAGACACGAGUCUCGUUAAACACAAUAACCAACCGCUCGUCCAGCACGCAACACGCAACAGCACGCAACAACACGCAACACGGCAGAUCUACAAUGGCGCUGCGAGAGGCGCGAACACAUGUGGCAGACACGCAACACCGCACGCACGUCACCCGGCAGACGGCCGGUGUGGGGCGGCCACUGGGCUUUUGAAAGGCCCCGGUGACGUGCGCAUUGCGCUACGGCUCUACACGUACAUGGCAGGCGGGCUUGGAGCCUCCCCCCAGGACCCGAAGAGCGGGGUUUUGUGUGGCCCUUCGACCCCACGAAGCGCGGUUUGUUCGUGGAGGGCGGGGCGCUCUUCAAUGACGCCGUAGAGAUCCGGGGCUUCCUUCAAGGCGAGCGAAGCUUUCUGGAUAUCUCCGGCAGCGUGCGGAUUAUAAGGCUGGGAGAGCGUUUUGGCAACCUCUUUGUCGACGGUGGCAUCCUCAGCAGCUCAGUCGUCACCGACUCGCUGUUUGUAUUUCAGGCGGACAACCAGCUUCACCAAGUGUGUGAGCCAGCGGGGAGCUGCGCCCGAUCCGAAGGCUGUCGGCCGAGGAGAAUCCAGCGAUUGGUGACGAGGAGCAGUCGGCUGUCCUGGAGGCCUUCAAGCAGCUGCCCAUCAAGACCGUCAAGACCACCACAGCCAACAGGAAUGCGAUAGCGACAGAGCAGCAGCACAGCCCAAUGGCCAGCCGUGAUCAUCAGCAGCGUCAGGGGCAGCUGCUUUUGGCGGCUGAGGACGUCGAACGGCUCUUCCCGCAGGCCGUCAAGACCAUGUCGCGGCCCGCACACGACAAGGGACAAGAGAAAGAGAGCAACAAGGGCCACAAAGGGAAGAAGGGCGGCGAACAGACAGCACAGGCCAGCAAGACUGGCUAUGUGGAUGAAGAGGUAGAGAAAUAGAAACUUCAUUUUGUCAGGCACCAUCUGCUGCACAGCGC